CCAUACGAUACCCCGUCUCAGAAAUUUGGAUAUUCUCCAUACCAAGACACCUGUGGGGAUUAUUAUGAACCUCAUGGUGAUCAAGAUAGUUACGACCAGCAAGGGCCAAUGUACGAUGACCAGCCAGAUCCACGAAUUGAAGAAAUUCUAUGGACUGAGGAGAGAAUACGUAAUCUUGACCUAGCAUUAGCGGUGGAGUGUUCAUCAUUUCAACCACCCUAUUGUCGUGAUUACACUCAGACUUGUGAAGAGCAAAUCGAAGCAAACAGAGAUGCAAUCCAGGCAAGAGAACGAUUUCUUAAAACAGUCCAAGAACAAAAGAAACUGCUCCAAAUUCAGAAAGAGUUGAAAUUUAAAAGCGAACAACGUGAACAUUUGGAGCAGAUGCAAAAGAUGCUGGAAGAUUUUAAGAAGACUAUGGAACAACAAACUCUCCAAAUUCAGAUGGAGAAAGUUGUUGCUCUAGUAGAGGACAAAGAAUCUGAGACAGAAUCUGAAACUGAAUCCAACAAUGUCUCGAUUCUUGAAUAUCCACAAACACCAUCACCACUGUAUAUGGAAAACAAGAUAACAUUUGCAGAAAUGAUUGCACGAGAUACAGUGGUGAUGCUUCUUGAAAGCCCAAAAAGUCAAAUCGUACAAGAGGUGAAGCAUACCGAGGGUCCUGUCUCAGAAUCGCCUUCACCCGCUGCACCAGAAACAUUGGAGGAACUUGUCCAAGCGGCUUUGGAGAAAGUGACAUUCUCGAGUUAUUUAAUCACUUCUUGCAAAAUGAGCUUGAGCAAUUGAAUGAGAGUACAAAGCCUACUUGCUAUGGAUGUGGAGAGCGUGGACAUAUCAAGGGUCAUUGCCCUAAACGAAAAUUCAAGAAGUACAAACGCCGAAAGCAAUCCAACUCUAGCUCCUCUUCUUCAUCCAAUGAUGAAGUAGCCAUUUGUCUUAUGGCUCAAAGUGAAUCCGAAGAGGUAAGUACUUCUAACGAUCCUUUUAGUUUUGAAGAACUACAAGAAGCAUUUGGUGAUUUAUUUAAAGAAUUUAAGAAAGUCUCAUCUAUUGCCAAAGAUUUGGAAUAUAAAAUCACCAUUUUG